GAUUCGAAUGCCUGAAUCUGCGGUAGUAGUGGAAAAACUGGAUAUUAAUGGAGCUAAAUUUUUGUCUGUACGUGGUAAUUGAUACAAUCUGAUCACAAAGGCAGAAGGAUAUUUAAGAAAAAAAACAAAAAUUGUGAGAGAAUAUAUCAGACUAUGAGUUGAACAAAUUCAAUGUAAUGCACCAACCAAACCAGGCAGAGAUAACCCGUGGGAUUCUAUCUCAGGUCAACUGCUCGGUAUAGCGCUCCUUCUUACGAACAUAAAAACCAGCACGUGUUCUCGUUAAAUGAUCACUAAUUUACCUGAUACUAUCAACACGGAACAUGGACAAGUUCAGUAAGAUCACUGAGCCAGCUGGUCAGAAGCUAAGGCAGCUUCAAAAGAUGGUACAUGAUAUCAAGAAAAAUGAAACUGGAAUAAUGAGCAAGUUCAAAAAGUUCCAAAAUGAACAAGUGGCCUUAAUUUGCAAAACUGGGAAAAAUACUUGGGAUCGGCUAAAAAAUAAACCCCCACCAAGUGUACCACAAAGGGAUUAUGCUUCAGAACAUGCAGAGGAUGAAGAUGAACAAUGGUCUGAUGAUUUUGACAGCGAUUAUGAAAAUCCAGAUGCCCACUCUGAUUCAGAGAUGUAUGUGGUCCCAAGUGAAGAGAACUGUGAUGACAGUUAUGAGCCCCCUCCAACCGAGCAAGAGAAAAAGAAGAUUCCCUCAUCAUUUUCAUUUUCAAGGGGAGAAUAUGCAGACAAUCGCACUACCCACCAGGAGCCACUGCCAUGCAGGCCAAGUCAGUCUUUAAUUAAACCCAAGAAACCAUCUAAACCAUCUCUGCCAUCAUCAUCUGCCGCUCUGAAACCAAAAAUGCUACCCAAGACCAAAGAGUUCAAUGAGGAUGAGGAUGAUUAUAUCGUGCCUGUAGAUGAUGACAAUAACUACAUUGAACCAACGGAAGGCAGUACCUCACCAUCUACAAAACCUCCUGUAAACAGAUCUACCAAACCAACAAAGCCAGUUCUUCCUAGCUCUACCACGUCCUCUCCUGCUCCUGUGUCUCCCUUCAUGCUAGACGUCUAUGAGGUUCCUGAAGAAGAGGAAGAGCCAUCACCACCAACAAGCAGGAUCACUAAACCUCUUCCUCCCAAGCCUGUUCAGAGUACAGGAGGACGUUCCCACUUGCUCAACUCAGCCAAAGAAUCCUCUAAACCAGACACUUCUAGAAAUAUUCUUCCUCUUCCCAGAAACCAUCCUCAGCAAAAAGCAAAGCACGAAAGAAAUGAAGCACAUAAUGAUGAAAAUCACAGCAGCACUGGAGCUCAGGACUUCAAACUUCCCUCUAGUGCAACUCCAUCACCAUUACCAAGGGCAAUAAAGAAGACACCUAAUCCAGUAAAACCACCAAAACCAAGUUUACAUCACAAAGAGAAUUUAAAUGUUACUGAAGAGAAACCUAUAGCAGCUGAACGGCGACGAGGUCCCAGCCAAGAGAUCCCUCUUCCACCCCUACCAACGACAGCCCAAAAGCCAUUAUUUCAAAAGCUACCAGCCCUACCAAAACCGCCAGACACGGCAAACCGCACAACGGGCACUCUUCCACGCAGCAGCAUUUCAGCUAGUUUGGAGACUACAGACCAGGAUGCUGGUGUUCAUGAUAAAGCAUGGUAUGCAGCUUAUUGUGAUCGAAAAACUGCAGAAGAUGCAUUACACAAAUCAAAUAAGGAUGGAUCUUUUCUGAUAAGGAAGAGUUCUGGUCAGGAUUCAAAGCAGCCGUACACACUAGUUGUGUUUUACAACAAAAAAGUGUAUAAUAUUCCUGUACGAUUUAUUGAAUCAACUAAACGAUAUGCACUGGGCAGAGAAAAAACUGGCGAGGAGCGCUUCACAAGUGUUGCUGAAAUAAUAGAGAAUCAUCAGCAUACACCCCUUGUUUUAAUCGACAACCACAACAACACAAAAGAUUCCACCAAACUGAAACAUAUUGUUAGAGUUUCAUAAUUACACUGAACUGUAACAAGAUCAAGAUUUUUAUAUGUAUUUUUCCAACUUCCCAAAGUUUCUGGAUCAAGUAUCUUAAACAAAAAAAAAAAGUUUAAAAAAACACCCUAAGGAUACUCACUAGAAGAAUAUUAUUUGAAAACUUCCACUUAACCAUAAGAAAUGCAGAUCAGAAGAACUUCAAGUCUACACCAUUUUAUCAGAAAAUCUGAAGGAGUUUAUUUUAAUGCCGUUACCAAAUAAGGUAGAAGUUAUUUGUUUGUGGCUUCACCAGUCCUAAUGUGGUAAUUCCAAACUCAUGCCAAUAAAAGCUAUACACCACAGCCCUUUCAUCUAUUGUUCUCUAUUUUAAAGAUGCAUUUUCUGUAGAACAUUCUCAAUUCAGAAGUGAAGGAAAUAAAUACCCACUUAGUGAAAUAUGCCUAUUCAAUAUGUUCAAAGAACUAAAUCUACUACAGAUUGCUGUUUUCAAUAAAAUAAUUCCUUUGCAAGAUCCAGAGCUCUUGAAAGUAGAAUGACUAUAACUAAGAAAUGGACCACUGUGUGCAACCAGCCAAGGAUAGUAUUUUGCACCAUGUCUGGCUAUACUCCAACUGUUUGAUUCAUGAGGUUUUUUUGGUUGUAUUUUUAAUGUGCAAAUAAAAUGUAAAAAUACUGUAAAAUGAACAA